GUUUCACAUCGAGCUACAUAUGACGUGGGACAACAUGUAGGCAAGAUAGCUGAUCGCCGAUAGUGUUUACAGAGGUUCUGAGUUCAGGAAUAGAAGGAGUCUGGUGGAAUUGUGAUUAUAACGUGUUUUUGUAGUUUAAGAUGAGUCCGCUUUGUUUAUAUUGUGGUAAAAAAUACACAUAGAGGACGUGAAUAUCCAGAGUUCAGUGAAAAGAUGGCAACAGGAAAUGUUUUCCAGGAGAUCUUUGUAUGAGAGCUGUCGACAGUAGCGAGCUGAACAGCAUUUCUACGUCAUUUACAGAUGAUGGUGGAAAACUCCCCCUCUCCUCUGCCUCAGAGAGCCAUCUAUGGCUUCGUGCUUUUCCUCAGCUCACAGUUUGGCUUCUUUCUGUAUUGUCUGUGGGCUUUUAUCCCUGACGAGUGGCUUCAUUCGAUAGGACUGACGUACUGGCCUCAGAAAUAUUGGGCUCUGGCGGUGCCGAUCUAUCUGCUGGUUGCUUUAAUGAUCUCUUUGCUGUUGCUGUUUGGAGUCAACAUGAACAACACAGCUCCACUUGACUCUGUGGACAACAUCACAGAUGUGUAUGCCCGAGGCCAGAUGACAGAAAGCAACCACAACGGGCAAAUACCCAGAUUGAGAGAUGUUUCCAUCAGCGAAGUCAACAAAAGGUUCUACUUGUCGCCCAAAUGAUGCCGAGCAGAGACUGAUUUUUGCUGGAGGGAGAGAAGAAGUGAAGCUGCUGGGGAUUUGCUGUAGUGUCAGUGUUUACUCCAGGUUUAUAAAGGAAGAAUAAUGCUUGAAUGAUUUAUCCAGGAACAAUGCAAUGUGGCUCAAAGGGGGACUGAGUGAGCCAAGUUUUUCUGAUGGAACACAAUAUCACAAUUGUCUCAGCAACUUGUCAUUUAAAGGAAAAAGAAUGAGGCAGCACUAUUUUCAAUAAAUUUGAGUUUUUAUAUAUUGUAUAACUUUGUGCAAUAGCGAUGAACGAUAAUAUCUUAUAAACUUCACAAGAGAUCUACAGUUAAUAAGUCGGAGGUGAAGGUCAAUUUGUAUUUCUAUCUUUUCACCCAUGCUUGUUUCUUUGCCAUGAUUGUUCAGCACUUUGGCUCAACCCCUGUUGUUUUUAAUGUGUUAUAUAAAUAAAUCUGACUUGACUCGAUGCCCUAAUGAGUGAAAGAAGAGCAAACGUAACAAUUUAUUUAAAUAAAUGGGGA